UCAGCCAAUAGCACGAACACACCUCAACGUGCUACUUAACAGCCAUUUUGAGCUGUCUGCUCGGUGCAAGUGGUUCGAAUCGUCCUGGCAAAUUUAUCUGUUUUAAAGUCAAAGAAAAUGAGGAUACUCAUGGGAGGCAUUGCACUCACUGGGAUAGUGCUUCUGGUUGUCCCAGCUCUACUUGCCAAAGAUUCAAAAGGCCCAAAAGUAACUGAUAAGGUUUAUUUUGAUAUUGAAAUUGGUGGCGAGAAGCAAGGUCGAAUAACUAUUGGGCUGUUUGGAAAAACGGUUCCAAAGACAGCGAAAAAUUUCAAAACAUUAGCAGAAGGAUCAAUGGAGAAAGAUGGCAAGAAACUUACGUACAAAGGAAGCAAGUUUCAUAGAGUUAUCAAAGACUUCAUGAUCCAAGGAGGGGAUUUUACCAAGGGAGAUGGAACUGGAGGUGCCAGCAUUUAUGGAGAUCGUUUUGAAGAUGAAAAUUUUAAGCUGAAGCAUUAUGGAUCUGGUUGGUUGAGCAUGGCUAAUGCUGGCAAGGACACAAACGGAUCUCAGUUCUUCAUAACGACUAAAAAGACAAAUUGGUUGGAUGGGAGACACGUUGUAUUUGGAAUCGUCUUGGAGGGAAUGAAUGUGGUGAGAAAAAUUGAAAAUACAAGCACUUCACAAAAUGACCGACCUUCUAAAGAUGUUGUAAUAGUGGAUUGUGGCAUACUGCCUCUUGACAAACCAUUCGCUGUUGGCAAAGGUGAUGCUGCAGAGUAAAGGACCAAAUAGCUUUAUGAUCUUUUUUUUUUUUAAACUUCAUGUAAAAAUUAAUGGGUCCAUAAGAUACAAUUACCAAAAUACCUAUUUUGUCAUUCAGUUUCAUGUUUUGUGAUGGUAUGCCCUAAAGGUUGUUUGUCCAUUGAGUGCUGAACUAGUUGGAAAGACUAGUUGGAGAAUAAGUUAAUACAAGUGCAGAAGAAUCUUGCAAUGAGCAGACUGUCAAAUAAUUACUUUCAAGAAAACGUUUUUUGAAUUUACAGUAAUAAAAAUAUACAAAUGUGAUAUUGCAUUGAUGCCUGUGUGUACAGGGGGAAAUCAGCCUUUUGUUCAAUUAAUGGAUGCAAUAACAAGAAUAAACAACUUUUGAACAUAA